GCCCUCGCAAAUCUUGAAGACAGCAUCGAGUAUCGCCACAUGAUGAUUCUAACACAGCUGCUUCUAAUUAUCCACCAGGUUUUAGGAGAGCACGAGCCGGAACACUGCCUUCUGAUGUCCAUCCGCUACUCCUUUGAUGGAAUCGUUUGCUGAACAGUUGCAGCAGAGGCAGACCGCUAACAUGCCUCCUAGCAUUCUCAUACCCUCGUGUCCUACCAUCCGGCAUACCACAACUGUAGCGGCUCCACGGGCAGCUCCUACAUCAGUCGGCUCCAAGCGCAACAGUCGCUUGAGGUCAGGUUCAUUAAUGCUGCCUUCUGCUGGUCUUUCCAGCCCAUCUAACGAGUGUGCGUCUGCCAACAGCGCAUUGGAUUAAGUACCAUCCUUAGGCUGUUGUAAUGUACGUAUGUAG